GCUUUGUAUCCAUUGAUCACCUGCCUGUUGUGUGUCAGUCAGAAACAGUUUUUUUAAAUAACUGGCACGUUUUCCUGCAGAACUGUUUGUCACAUCUAAAGAUGCCAUCUAACAACAGUAUCAGAAAACAAAUAGAAACACUGCAGAAUAAAGAUCCUAAAAUGUCCCGAGUUGCACUGGAAUCUUUGUAUAGGUUGUUGUGGGUUUAUGUUAUUAGAAUAAAAUGUGAAAGCAACACUGUAACUCAAAGUCGUCUCAUGAGCAUUGUAUCAGCACUUUUUCCGAAAGGAUCACGUAGUGUGGUCCCACGAGACACACCUCUGAAUAUAUUUGUGAAGAUUAUUCAGUUCAUUGCUCAGGAACGCUUGGAUUUUGCAAUGAAAGAAAUAAUAUUUGAUCUUCUUAGUGUUGGAAAAUCACCUAAAACCUUCACAAUUAAUCCAGAGAGGAUGAAUAUAGGCCUCAGAGUCUUCCUUGUCAUAGCAGAUAGUUUGCAGCAGAAAGAUGGUGAACCACCAAUGCCAACGACAGGAGUUGUUCUUCCCUCAGGAAAUACUCUGCGUGUGAAGAAAAUUUUUCUUAAUAAAACACUGACAGAUGAGGAAGCAAAAGUUAUAGGAAUGUCAAUAUACUAUCCUCAAGUCAGAAAAGCUCUGGACAGCAUUCUUAGGCAUUUGGACAAAGAAGUUGGAAGGCCCAUGUGCAUGACUAGCGUGCAGAUGUCCAAUAAAGAACCUGAAGACAUGAUUACAGGUGAAAGAAAACCUAAGAUAGAUUUAUUCAGAACUUGUAUUGCUGCUAUUCCAAGAUUGAUUCCAGAUGGUAUGAGCAGGACUGACCUCAUUGAAUUGCUUGCAAGGCUGACAAUUCAUAUGGAUGAAGAACUCCGUGCCUUGGCUUUCAAUACACUCCAAGCAUUAAUGCUUGAUUUUCCAGAUUGGCGAGAAGAUGUUCUUUCAGGAUUUGUGUAUUUUAUUGUGCGUGAAGUGACUGACAUCCACCCAACGCUUCUUGACAAUGCAGUAAAAAUGUUAGUGCAGCUCAUAAAUCAGUGGAAACAAGCAGCCCAAAUGCAUAAUAAAGCCCAAGAUUCUCAGCGUGGUGUCUCCAGUGGGGCUGCCCAUACCCUUCCUCUGGAGAGGACCCUUUAUUCCAACGUAUUUCAUGUGGUGGAAGGCUUUGCUUUGGUCAUUCUUUGCAGCACAAGGCCUGCAACGAGAAGAUUAGCGGUCAGCGUGCUUAGAGAAAUAAGGGCCUUGUUCACACUUCUAGAAAUUUCUAAGAGUGAUGAUGAAUUGGCUAUAGAUGUAAUGGACAGACAAAGUGCUUCUAUCCUGGAGAGUUUCAUACAUCUUACUGGUGCUGAUCAGACUACUUUACUAUACUGUCCCAGUUCAGUGGAUUUACAGACUUUGGCUGACUGGAGUUCCUCUCCAAUCAGCCACCAGUUUGAUGUGGUCAGUCCAUCACAUAUAUGGAUAUUUGCACAUGUGACUCAAGGCCAAGAUCCGUGGAUUAUAAGCCUUUCAAGUUUUAUGAAGCAGGAAAAUCUUCCAAAACACUGCCCAACAGCUGUAAGCUAUGCUUGGAUGUUUGCUUAUACCAGACUCCAGAUGCUGUCUCCACAAGUGGAUAUAAACAGCCCUAUCAAUGCAAAGAAAGUAAAUACAACUACAAGCAGUGACUCCUACAUUGGGCUCUGGAGAAAUUACCUGAUUCUUUGCUGCAGUGCAGCGUCUUCUUCAAGCUCCUCUACUUCCACUGGCUCUGUGAGAUGUUCCCCUCCUGAGACGCUGGCGUCUACCCCUGACAGUGGUUACAGCAUCGAUUCAAGAAUCAUUGGCAUUCCAUCCCCUUCUUCCUUGUUUAAGCACAUAGUUCCAAUGAUGCGCUCUGAGAGCAUGGAAAUUACAGAAUCCCUUGUGCUGGGACUUGGCAGGACCAACCCAGGAGCUUUUAGGUAAUUGCUGUGUUUCAUCUGGU